UUAACAAUAUUUUCCAAGUGAGAUUAUCAAAGUCAUUGAACCACACUUCUACGAACUCGACACACGCUCUCCCCUGCUUGCGUUGUAAAAAUGACUGAAUAUUUAAUUUGGAGAGCUUAUGCGCAGGCUCGCGAACGAGUGUACUGUUCGUCUAUCGUUUUUUUCAGUUUUUUUCUUGCGCAUUGUAUUUGAUGAAGCCACAUUACAAAUUGCUUUAAAAUAUGUGAUUUCUGAUUAAUUAAAUGGAUGAAAAAAUCGGCUCUUAGCAUAUAACUAGCCGAGUUGGUCCUUGAAAUUUGGGCUAUUGGUCACGAGAUGGCGCGCCAAAAUCUGCGUUCUGUGUUAAUUGGAUUUCAAUUUUGUGAGGUUAGAAAUGCCGAAAAAUGUUUAAAGGGGAGAUAGAGGACAUUGAAAAAUUGGACGCCGCUAUCCGACAACACGAAUCGGACUCGUUCAUCAACUACGAAGAGGUCAGCGACAACGAUGAGGACGAUCAGGAUUUCGAUACGUGUGCGGACAUUUCCGCCCUGAAGGAUUACGUGCCGUCCGCUUUGCUGACCGACGACGAAAAGCAGCUGAUCGACUCGUGUCGAGACCCAGAUCUGAAGUUAUUGUUGGAGCUAAACCGAAGCAAGAACGUAAAAUUGAUGCAGCUGUACACAAAAAUAAGACAUCUGCUGAUGGAGUGCCAAAGCAACAUCGUCGCGAAAUCGCGGCAGAUCGAUUCGUGUUCCGAUCAAUUCAAACGCGUGAUCAACAGGAUCUGGAGGUUCGGUUAUCCUUAUUUUAAGAGCACGGACAAUUAUCCAUGCCCGAUGAACGAGUACGUCGCCCGAAAAGAGGAGAACCGCGAGCUCCCGUUUUACGACAUGGUGCCCACCAAUAAGUGGAAUCGCAGAGACAUUAACCGACUGAAGAGGGGAGUCACGUUUUGCUUCAAAGCCGGCAGAGACAUGGAAACCAAGAAAAAAAUCACCCAGUUGGAAGAGGAUAUUUUAGGGGAGCGCCGCACCGAUAAAAUAGCAGAAUUGAAGGGGCUGGUGGCUAAACUGAACGAAACGAUCAAUUCUGAUGACCAGGAAUUGCCUACGGAAUCCUCAGAUAGAUUGAUGGAUUGGGCGAGAUUGUCGGCCACGUUCCUGCGAAGCAAGUACUCGUCGCAGGAAUGUCGUUCGUUUUGGUACCUGUACCAAGACCCCCGCAUAAACAAAACGCCCUGGUCCCUCGACGAGCGAAAGAAACUGGACAAGUUGGUCCGGAAAUACAAACACCAGAACUGGGAGCGGAUCGCGAGUGAUCUCGGCACUUCACGUUCCGCGCUAAUCACGUGCACCCAUUACUUUACGGGCAAUACCUUGCGCCCGGGCAAGUUCACGCCCGAAGAGGACGCCUUCCUGGUAGAGAUGGUCGAGAACCACUCGGUGGGCGAUUACGUUCCCUGGGCGAAAAUAGCGCACUUUUUUAAGAAUCACACCCGCAAGCAGAUAUUCUACCGGUGGCGGUACUACUUAAACGGACGUGGGAAAAUCACGAAGGGACCGUUCACGGACGCCGAGGACGUCCUCCUGAUGGUACUGGUCGAUCGGUUCGGCACCAGCUUCGCCAAAUGUCAGAAGUACUUUCCGACCCGAUCCAUGUCCCAGCUGAAGGCCAGGCUCCUUCACCGUCGAGGAAGACGAGAAGCUGCUCGCGUACGUCGCGAAGCACGGUUCCGGCCGCUGGGCGGCGCUGUCGUCGGAAAUGAACCGAUCGCCCAAUCAGCUACGUCACAGGCAUCGACUGAUGGUUCAGUACCUCGAGGACAAUCCGGGGGCGGCGAUAAGGGACGCUCCUCGCAAAAUCGAGCGUUCCCGCGGCAACAACUACCCGUUUUUGCGAUGGGUGGCCGACCGGUAUCGGGACGCCGACGUCCCGACGCUCGCCGAAAUCCGCGCGACGAUCGGGGCUACGGAUCGGGACUCCAAGGAGGAGGCGACUCCGUCGGAAAUUGGUCACGGGGACGUCGACAAGAUGAUUGUCGAGUUUUUCCACGGUUCGGAGGCGGCGAGCGCCGCCCAAGCGCUCGACGCGUCGCGAGCCGUCGGUCGCGUCCUGACACUGCUCGGCGCGCGUCUCGACGUACCCGCGGACUUCGCUUCAGACGGCCGUCUCGACGCCACCGACGUCGCCUUGCUACGGCCCCUGUGCGACGCCCUGCGUCCGGUAGACGGGAGGCAGGUGAUUCGCGCGGACGGCCACCUCGCCUUCCGCUCGCUGAUGCCGCCGACGGCGGCGUCAUUGAUCGGUUAUCGCGCUCUCGCGGGCGUCGCGUCGUCCCCGCAAGCGACGUGGUGCGUCGAGGCGCAUCUCGGCCGCCUCCCGGACGCAACCAGAGCGGUUUUAGUGGCGGAACGCGACCUGUUUUACCGACGGUUCCGGUGGACGUUCAAGCUGACCGCGGUGGCCGCCGUAGCCCCGCCUUCGAGCUCGCUUGUCGCGCUGUCAAGGACGUUCUCGGGCGGCCAGGUCGGCCAGGUGAAGAGGACGUACGCGAGAAAGCGUCGGGACGCGUCGGGGGCGGACGCAAAACGUCAAAAGAUAGAACGGAACGACGGGCGGCACCUCGCAGACGAACUGAAACGAAAGAUACGCGACGAGAUCGUCGACUUCGGGAAAAUGGUGGCGGCGUCGGGUGACGAUCUCGACCGCGACGCCGAAGACCUCGCGGCGUUGGAGGCGGCGCUGAGGUCCGACGGCGGUCUAGAAGCUUUAUAGUUUGUAUUUAUAUAUUGAAUAAAGAGAUUUUUGGACGUUUUGGA